AUGGCCGACUACUUUGCCCUCGAUGCACUAUUCGCUGACCAUUUUCGCCAGCGUUUUCGGAUGCGCAAGACUGUCUUCGAUCGUUUGUACCAUGGCAUCCGGUCCUACGAUGACUACUUCAUCCUAAAGAAGGACGCCGUGGUAACAAUUGGCUUCUCUGGUUACCAGAAGUGCACGGCCACACUCUGGAUGCUUACAUAUGGCACGACCACUGAUUCGUGGGAUGAGUACCAACAGAUGUCUGAGGGCACAUGCAGAGAUGCCAUAGUCAGGUUUGCAACUGCCGUGGUCGAGGUGUUCAGACCCCAGUACCUGAGAGAACCAGUUGUGGCAGACACUGAGAGGCUCCUGGCAAUCUCAGAAGCAAGAGGGUGGCCAGGUUUGCUUGGAUCUCUUGACUGCAUGCAUUGGAAAUGA